AUGCUGCGGAAGCUUUGUUCUCAAGGUCGAGGUUUGUUAAUCUCAUCAUUUGGUGCCAGCAUCUGGUUUUCAAAGACAUCGAUGUAUUCUGUAGCUCUAAUUACUUGUCCGAAUUCCACAGUCGCGGAAACUAUUGCAGAUACUCUAGUUAGUAGAAAACUGGCAGCUUGUGUCAAUAUCAUACCCUCAAUUAAGUCUGUUUACGUUUGGGAAGGGAAGGUGGAAAAGUCAGACGAGCUUCUUCUAAUGGCGAAAACUCAAUCAAAGUUGGUACCUUCUCUAACGGAGGUUGUCAAAGAAAUCCACCCUUAUGAAUGCCCGGAAAUCAUUAGCUUAAACAUUGAGGGGGGUUACCCACCGUACCUUAAAUGGAUUAUGGAAUCCACAUCUUAG